AUGGAAGAUAUGGAGGAUGUUGAUAACUGGGAAGAUCUGCCCGGGCAAAUUACAGCACUGAUUCGCGAUCAGCCAGGCCUUAGAUUUGACGGAGAGCCCAUAAGAUCUCGCGAGGAUCUGGAGCUGGCGUACCGACUCCCCCGCAACUUUGUUCAAGAAUCGACUGACAAUCCAGAAAUGCUGGAGCUUAGCAAGCUCGCUAUUUUGGUGCUUCUAGCAUAUAGAAAAAUGAUAUGUCGGGAUCGCAGGGAACAGGUAAUUGAUGUGAUUAUUCUUCGCGCCAUUCCUUACGAUGUUCUUUCACGGAAAUGUGGGUCGUGUGAUCAAAUUUUCCUAGAUCAUCCGUUUCCAUACUGGUCCAAGAACAGUCCUAAUUUUUACGUAUCAUGGCAAGUCCACGGUGGCUGUGGGCACGUUGAUUGUGAAGGUAGCUACCCGAGAUUGAAACCACUCCGGAGGGGGAUCAAAUGGUCAGAAGCCGUUGUGAAACGACUCAAAAGAAUAGCUAACGAUCACCAAAAGCCUCCUAAACAGAUUGAUUGGCUGCUUCGUCAUGACCAAGAGCGAGGUGAUCUCCCACAGGAAGUCAAAUUCAAAUGCCACCAUUGCCCUCAAACGAAAAUCGUUCUAGCAAAAUUGACCAUCCACCCCUGGCAAGGCUCGUGGUCCCGGAAAUCCAAUGUUGGGGGCCUAAAGAUCGCACUGGGCAGGGAUGCGGGAAGAAAGGUCCUUGGGACCCUGUGGAAAAAUUUCAAAAGACCAAAACUAUCCGUCAGGCUAACCUUAGCCGGACAUUCAUUGAGUUUCGGCAAAGAGGCUGUGAUCUAA